CMACCGCUCACUCCUACCCCCUUGUGUUGGUGAAUCCUCAACUWAGUUUUAUAUUUUACCUUUUUUCCGAUCCAAAGUSGCGUCUAGUCUCAAAAUAUAUAACAAUGCCCCAUCAACGCUUUCCGAAGAUCAAGAUUCUUCAUAUGGCUCCGCAUGAAAUGCGAUUUAUAUUGAGCGAAACAGACACGUCGGUAGCCAAUACUUUACGGCGGAUCAUGAUUGGGGAAGUACCGACUUUAGCAAUCGAUCUUGUAGAAUUUCAUGAGAACUCAUCAGUGCUGAAUGACGAAUACAUAGCUCAUCGUCUCGGUCUCAUUCCAAUUCGGUAUCAACCAGUUGAUUCCAUGAAAGGCCAAGACUGCAACGGGGCUUUUUUACCGCAUCGAGAGUGCGUAUGUUACGAGCGAUGUCCUCGUUGUUCUGUUGAAUUCGAACUCGAUGUCGCAUUCGAUGAAGCUAACACAUUUCGAUCAGAGGAAGAGCUUAUGGCUCCUUUGACAAUAACAUCCAAAGAUUUGAAGUCGAACAACGAGAACGUAAUACCGGCUCACUUUUUGAGUCAAGACGAACAAGACGAGUCACAAGAUGCUGGUGUAGCAAUCGUUAAAAUAGGACCAGGGCAACGUUUGAAAUUAAAGGCUAUUGCGAGAAUGGGAAUUGCGAAGGAGCACGCCAAGUGGUGUCCUGUUGCGAUCGCAACUUAUCGGUUUUGGCCGAACAUAACCAUCAACGAGGAACAGAUAGCGACGUUGACCAUGGAACAGAAACAGGAGAUGGUCGAUGUUUGCCCUGACAAGAUUUUAGAGAUCGACGAUGUGACCGGUUCCAUCAAGGCCGUAGAUGAUGCUUGGGAUAGAUGCACCUACACAGAGGACUUGCAAGAAUUCCAACAAUCAAUUAAAAAGCGUAAGGAGGACGACGAUUUUGUCACCGUAGAAGCUGCAGAAGACAAAUUUAUAUUUACGGUUGAAUCAACGGGGGUUAUGGAUGCUGACGAAAUUGUUAUCUCCGCGCUAAGGGUACUCAAAGAUAGACUGAACUACUUGGCACAGGAAGUUGAAAACAUCAAGGACAUGUAAAAAUAGAUGAGAUUUUUUAUU